AUGAUGUUUCUUUCGAGUAUACCUAAAACAAUAACACCAGGUGAGACCUUCACGUUCUCCCUUCACGUGCGCCACCAUCCUACCUCUCAAUUGUUGACAACAGUCCUAAUUGAAGUUAUCGGCAUAGAACAUACUAUGGCGGACAACUGGAGUACAUCAACUCCGUCUUCGCGCAUGUUCUCGUGCCUGAACACAGUGUGUUCAGUCGACAAGACGAUAUCCACAGAGGAAGAAGAAAUACCACUCUCAAUCCAAAUUCCUACUAUGAUUUACGACUCGUCGAAACUUGUUUACUGUACUUUGCCACCUACUGUUGGAUCAAGCCUGCAGAUUGGCAAUCCUACGAAGGGUGUUUGUGUCCAGUACUUUCUUCAAGUUCGUGCCCCAAUAGGCACAGGGCUAGCUCAACAAGAAAUAACCAUUCUUCCGAAUGAGACAGGUUUCAACAUCGAUAGAUUUGUGGACAUUUCUGGUAAUUCUUUGAAUCGUCAAUACUCAACAACGACGCGCUUACACGACGGACUGUUUGGCAAUAUAAACAAAGGCACCGUGUCUCUAUCAGGUGAAAUAAUUUCAGGAGCGCAAGGUGAGGCCAGCUUCAAUCUUAAUUUCUUAUAUGCUCCACCUUUGCCUUUUUCUGUCUCGUUCAAAAUUUAUCAGACUCACUACUCAUCUCACCAGGGAAUGGGUCAAAUUCUUGAUGCAACUAAAGUCACACAGAUGAGAAGAAUAAAAGCUCAAACAGAAGAUGUUUUGGGGUUUAUUUGGGAGGCUAAAACAGGUGUUCUCAGUUUUCCCUAUACGCUUGAUAACGAUUGUGUUCCGAAUUUUGUGGGUGUGACGACAGCAGUGUCCUAUUUGUUUGAGGUCUGUUUGAAGUUCAGUUGUGGUUCCGUUAAAUUAUCUGUCCCUCUCGUUCUAGGUGAGGUUUCUUCUGCUCCUCCCGCUUAUCAUUAG